UCUAGGUUUUCCAGGAAAUCCUCGUCCACGUCCGUGAUUCCGACGCUGUGAACUGCUUCUGGAACGACGAUCUACAUUUAGGUGUAGGGAUGCAUGUAUAGCCGAACGGAAAUUGGCAGCAAGUUUGGAUACUCCUUUAGGAUUGAGAUGAUAUCCAUCCUUAUUCAACAGGGUUAGGUUAAGACCAGAGUCAACAAACAUGUGGUGAUCAACAAAAGAUAUAGCUCCAUCGUUAUUUUGUAGAAACUUCUGUUUCAGAAUAGCAUUUACCAUUUCUGCACUGUUUUUCUGCAAAUCACUUCUUGGGGUAGUUAAUGAGAUGAUAACUUUGGUAUUGGGCCAUCUUUGUCUUAUGAACUGAACGAUUUCAUACAUGUUGGUGACACAGUCAUCUCGACUGUAAAACGAAAACUAGAAAAGAUAUUGUUAUAAAAUAAAUUGUUCUAUGACCUAUAAAUCCUAGAGCAUCAACUGUGAAAGUCUCAUUUAUUUUGGUGAAAGGGCCAAUUUUAGUACUUUGUGGCUCUGGUCCUUUACUAAUUAGUUGCUAAUGUACUUUUUUUUUUUUAUUCAGAAACCUUUAACAGCUCAUCUAAAAAGCUUCUUCACAUGCCCAUGGAUAAGAGAAGAUGACGAGGAUUUAAAGAGACAAAUUACAUCAGUUCUGGAGGGGUGUGGAUGGGAGGCAGACAAAAAUGUCAUCAUCACAUGUUUCUCAUAUGCCUCCCAUUCUUUCACCAACUGGAGGAACCAGGUUCGUCAAAAGCUAGUGACUCAAGAGAAGCGGGUUGAGAUGAUGCCCAUUACAAAUCUGCAGAGAUACCUUUUCUCAGCCUUAUGGGUGUCGCCAUCCGAGUCGGAUGUAAAAAUUUAUUUCAAGGUGACCCUUGCACUGAGGGCUUUCGCAGAUGGGCACAGAUUAUUCAACAACCCAACCACAGCCAUAGACUUCUGGCGUGCUUUUUUAAAAAGGAAUAUUGACACAAUGAUGAAACAGACACCAGACAGAUGGGUUGCCCUUGAGCAGAGAAUGAAAAAGAAAGUUGAAGCUUGCAAUAAAGAAGAUUAA